CUGCGAUCCAGCGGAAUGCACACUCUGAGGUUGAAGACUUUGGGCGACAAAUCAAGGGAUGCAAAAAUAAGCAAACAAAGAAGUGUUCAGUAUUUGCCAAAGUUUUCUGCUGGAUUGGAAUUGCUCAGCAGGUAUGAAGACUCUUGGGCAGCCCUUCACAGAGGAGCUAAGGAAUGUGCAAAAGCUGGAGAGCUAGUGGAUAGUGAAGUUGUGAUGCUUUCUGCACACUGGGAGAAGAAGAGGAAUAGUCUAAUAGAGCUGCAGGAACAGCUCCAGCAAGUUCCAGGGUUUUUGGCAGAUCUGGAGUCCAUGACAGCAAAUAUAGCCCAACUAGAGGUGAACUUUAAGGAAAUGGAAAAUCAUCUGUUGCAUCUUGAACACCUAUGUGGACAGUGUGAGCUGGAAAGGUACAAACGUAUGCACAUACUGCAGCUGGAAAACUAUAAGAAAACAAAAAGGAAGGAACUUGAAACCUUCAAAGCUAUGCAGAAUUGUGACAGUUUUCACUAUAUUCCACUAUAUCAGAGAGAAGACUGCGAUGGCUGACAGCUUAUUUUUUUCCCCUUACUCCCAGUUAGGUUUGUUUUGCAACAAAAUUGUACUAUAUGUCAAUCCAACAUAAUACAAAGGGGUUGGGAACUUCACAUAGUGUGACAGUGCUUUAUCAUUGUAGUAAGCUGGCAGAGGAUUUUGGUGUUCAUGGGACUUAUUAUUUAUUAUUUAAGAAUCUUAAAUGUGUGGUCAGUUUUAAAAUUACCUAUACCUUUUUGAUCUUGGUAAAAUACAAGUGGUAAGCUAUUAGUUAAGUUUAUUGAGUCAUACAAGUUAGUUGUCUUCUGUGGUUUAAAGUAUGUUUGAAAGUUUCUGCAGAAUGCACUCUUUGCCUAUUUUGUUCUCAGCUUAUUUUAUUAUAUAAUGUGGAAAAAAAAACCCACAAUCAAGUUAAAAUUACCAGACAACAAGUGACACAGAUUAUGUAAAGUGUCACCUCUUCUGCAGUGCUAUACUACAGUUCUUUUCAUUGGUUUGACAGCUUUAAGCGCAGACUGACUCAGUAGAUAGCCAGACAAUGCCAAAUUGAUUCUGUUCCAAGGCAGCACAGUUAGUUUUAUGAUACCAUGUUUUCACAUAAAGGCUGAAAAACACAAUUCUCUUUAUUUGUGUUGAUGCUGAAGUGAUUUCUGGAGUUAUUUUGUAAACAUUGAAUCAGUGAGGUGGUUGCUUAGGUUUGCCAUGUGGUCUUGGAAGUUUUCUAGUGCUUUCAGGUGCAUAGAGUGCAAAAGAUUUAACUGAUUAAAUUCUGAGACAUUCAUAUUUACCAUUGCAUCUAUUAUUACUCUUCAGACUCGUUAGCUGUAUGCACCUAGUUAAAAGGCAGAUGCAGACACAAAAAAUUAACUUUGAAUAAUUUUUCAUUUUGAUACUAAGGCAUGUGUUAUGUAGUGUGGGGAGUCACCGGACUCUGCAGCCCCAUUCACAGUCAAAUGUUACUCUCAGCCAUCAAGUAUAGAACAGAAGUUGUAUUGGUUUGCAGGGACACAGCAUAGCAUAGACUUCUUGUUACAGUAAGCAGGAACAUUAUGUACUAUCCAUCAUGGAGAUAGGUUCCCUAAGCCAGCUAGACUCCCUUCUCCCUAAGCCAUCCGAAAAACUACUAACUCAUGCACCCAGAAACUGGUCCUACCUCUCUAGACAGCCCUGCCUCCUCAUUUGUUCAGAUUUCCGGGCAAGGUGUCACCUGGUUGCUCCCCCCACCCAGGCUCAAGUUACCAGACAGCCUGAGCUGUUAUUGUGUAUGUGCUAAGAUGGGGAGUCUGGGGCAGCCUUCCCCUCAGUGAGAACCACACCCAACAUUCCCAUCGCCAGCCAGUGCAGUGCCCAGGGAAACUGAGGCACACACACAUAGUUACAACAGAACAAUACAGGGCAAUAGGAAUCACCCAGCACGUAAGUGAAAACAGUUCCCACUACGUGACAGCAUGAUUCUUAUUUUUCUUAGCUCAUGUUUACUGUAGAUAAUGAAAAAGUUUUUGACCUGACUAACUACUACAGCUUACGUUAGUUCUGAUUUGGUAAUUGAAACAGCAUAAAGUGUCUUUAUCUCUGUUUCUGUGAGCCCUCAUUUAGAUAUGGAAAACAGGCAGGAUCAGCUUCUGUUAUGUCUUGAACAGCUCUAAAUGCCUUUUGAUAAACUUUAUGUAAUGUUACUGUCCAUAUCAGUAUAUAUGUUAUACCCUUAGUGCUUUUUCAGUCAUACAAGCAGUAUGAGUGCUACUCUUUGUAUCCUUUGUGUAAUGAUUUUUAGUAGUAUCUAGUUUGUUCUAAGUAAGGGGUAAGAACUUGUUUUCAAACCAACUCUAGCAUGCUUAUGUAAAACAGAAUACAGGUUGCACCUCCCAAAAUUGGUCUGGCAGGACUACAGAUGUUUCUUGAUCAGAGAGCCCUGGUAGCCUAGUGGCAGGAGGACAAUCCAGGAGGGGUCGGGUUGAAGCAGCAGGACAGGGCAGGAGCUAGUGGCAGCCUCCAAUAGCUUGCGACAAUGGGACCUGGUUGGGGCAAGAUCAGGCCAGCGACAGCCCAUGUCAGCACAGGGCCAAUGCCAGAGCCUUGAGCAACCUGUGGAAGCAGGACCUGUGCUGGGGUUGGGAACCACGAACAGCCCUUGGAAGAGGAACUAGAGCCUGUGGGCUGCCACAGGGCAGGAGCCCACACCCUCGGCAGAGGGACCCGAGUCCAGGGCUGGAGAAAGCCCCAGCAGCCCAUGACAGUGUGAGGCCAGAGUCCCGGACAACCUGACCAGGGCCAUAGCCAGCACCAGCAGCCCAUGACAGCGCAGGGCUGGAGCAUAUGGCAGUGGGCUACUGGAGCCCGGCAGGCAUUCCAGCUGGGGCAGCAGCAGCAGGG